AGACGGCACAAUCUGACUCUGUCUCCGUUACAGAAGCGUAAUAGGGUGCAUUAUUUUGCGGGAGAACUCUAAUAGCUUUUGUAAUCUUGUACAGUCCUUAGUUAUUUACCAUGGUAAAGCACGAUUUGGAAGAGCAACGCUGCAUGGUAUCCAGCGAUAAAGACAGCUCGGAAUUACAAGUUCUAAACGACAAGGAAACUGGAGUGAUUGAAAGCGGGUCGAAAGAAAGCUCCAAGGAUAAGACUCGGCAGUCAUGGAACAACAAGACUGAAUACAUUCUGACAUCUCUUGGAAAUGCUGUUGGACUUGGUAAUAUCUGGAGGUUUCCGUACAAGUGUCACAAACAUGGCGGAGGUGCUUUCCUGAUUCCUUACGCCAUAAUGUUACUGGUGGUUGGUUAUCCGCUUCUCUUAAUGGAAUACUCCAUGGGCCAGCGGGCUAAGAAAGGAGCAAUUGGCGUGUGGAGUAGGGUCAGUCCCUAUACCACCGGUAUAGGCAUAGCAUCACUUGUGGUGUGUUUAGUUCUUGGUUUGUACUACAACGUCAUACUCUCCUUGGCAUUCUUCUAUACAGCCAACUCGUUCCGUUUUCCACUUCCGUGGGAGUCGUGCCCGGUAACCUAUUCCGGUAUUAACAUGACGGCUACGAUUGUACAAGAAUGCGCUGAUUCAUCUCCUACAUCAUAUUUCUGGUUCCGAGAAACCCUGGAUGUGCCAGUAACCAUCGAUCAAGGAGGGGAGCUGAACUGGUGGGUGGUUGCCGCUUCGUUCGUCGCGUGGUUCGCUCUGUUUAUCGGACUUGUUAGAGGUACAUCGUCCACCGGAAAGGUCAUGUACUUUGCCGUCUUCUUUCCGUACAUCGUGUUGACAGCGUUCGCUAUUCGAACAAUUCUAUUAGACGGGGCGGCGGCCGGUAUAGCCUACCUCUUUAGACCAGACAUUGAAAAACUGAAGAACCCAGCAGCCUGGCUCGACGCUUUAACUCAGAUCUUUUUUAGUAUUGGUUUGGGCCAGGGGACCUACAUCGCGUUUGCCAGUUACACCACAACUCACAACAACUGCAUCUUUGAUACCAUCUUUGUAGCAACCGUAAAUAGCUUUACGUCACUCUUCGUUGCACUCAUUGUGUUUGGUGUCAUGGGAUUUAAAGCGGUCGCUAACUCAAAGCUUUGCCUCGCCAGAAACGAGGUGACACUGCAAAGGAUGAAUGCAACUUUAAAUGGAACCCUGACAAACGAUAACGUUAACAUGACAACUCUAAACAGUGCCUUCAAUGGGACUUUUGGAAACGGUACGGACCUUUUACAAGACUGCUCGCCCGCCAAAGAACUCGGCUCUAUCCCCGGCGGUACAGGUCUCGCCUUCAUUUCGUUUUGCGACGCCAUCUUGAAAUUUCCGGGCUCAAACUUUUGGUCUGUCCUUUUCUUCUUUAUGAUCGUUAACAUCGGGCUGGGAAGCGUGUUGGGAAACUUUACUGGGAUUGUGUCUUUAAUUCGAGAUCUGGGAUGCAAGAUUUCAAAGGCUAAACUAGCAUUAUUGCUAUGCAUAGUUAUGUUCAUUAUUGGUCUAACUUUGACAACCAAGAAAGGAAUUUAUCUGGUCGAAAUAUUUGAUGACGUGUACGUAGGCACGGGACUUCUGUACAUUGUUCUUUGUGAAACUUUCGCCGUUGCCUUUUUGUACGGUAUUAAACGGUUGGGAAACGACAUUCACUUUAUGACCGGGCAGCGCCUGAACAUUUACUGGAAGACAUGUAUGCAAUUUCUCUGCCCCAUUUUGUUGCUGGGUUGUUUCGGUACCAUCGUUGUCUCCUAUAUCAUUAAAUCUCCAAUAUACCACGCGUGGGACGGGACCGGUAUUGUCAAAAUGACUUAUCCAGCAUGGGUGAGCGCCUUGGUCGCCAUCUUGCUUGUUCUAACCACACUUAGUGUCCCGCUGGUGGCGCUGUUGCACAGGUUAAGGGUGUACGACUUCAGUAAAUUUGCCGAAUGAAUCACCAUCACCCCACAUACAGUAUGCAAACACGCAGUUGUCGCAUUUGUAACGACAAUCUCUUGUAAAUGAGCGGAAGAAACAUUUUUACUACAAACUUUUACCGUUCUGUAUUCAAUUUUCUACACGAAAAACAUAAUUACACUAUGUUUUAAGUUUCAAUACGUUUACUAGUUUUACGUCAUGGCAAUUACGUAUAUGUAAUAACUGUUUUUCUAUACGUUCAAUGCCUCACGCGAAGUUUUUUCAUAUUGCCCUAGCAUACAAACAACCUCUUAGGAAUACAAACCCGAGUUGCAAUUAAAAUGUACUUUGUUUGCAGCGGAGACGAUAUGUUAACAUCAGUUUUAAUCCAGUAGUUUCAGCAUCCGCCCUUUUUCGAACACAUAAUUCUCUUUCAAAUAAUCUGAUUAUACAGGUUUGCAAUUAAAAACCCGGUAUAAAUCA